UCGGCUGCCCGCGCCCAGUGGCGGCCAGGCAACACGCACCGCCUCCGCCGGAGCCCGGGAAGCGCUCGGGUGAAGAGGAGGAGCCAAGAGCACCGAGCGGGUGGAGUCGGGAGCCGGCGAGCGGUGGAGGCGGAUUUCCUGGGGCCGGCUUUCUGGGGCCACCAUGGCGUUUGGCAAGAGUCAUCGGGAUCCCUACGCGACCUCGGUGGGCCACCUCAUAGAAAAGGCUACAUUUGCUGGAGUUCAGACUGAAGAUUGGGGCCAGUUCAUGCAUAUCUGUGACAUGAUUAACACUGCCCAGGAUGGGCCAAAAGAUGCAGUAAAAGCUUUGAAGAAAAGGAUUUCCAAAAAUUACAAUCAUAAAGAAAUCCAACUUACCUUGUCACUUAUUGACAUGUGCGUGCAGAACUGUGGUCCAAGUUUCCAGACUCUGAUUGUGAAGAAGGAAUUUGUUAAAGAGAGUCUGGUUAAGCUGCUGAAUCCCAGAUACAACUUGCCAUUAGAUGUUCAGAAUAGAAUUUUGAAUUUCAUUAAGACUUGGUCACAGGGUUUCCCGGGAGGUGUGGAUGUAAGUGAAGUGAAAGAAGUAUACCUUGACCUGCUUAAGAAAGGUGUCCAGUUUCUUACCACAGAUGCAGAGGCUGAAACAGCAAGACAAGAGACUGCUCAGAUCUCAUCAAAUCCACCAUCAUCUGUCCCUACUGCACCUGCUCUUUCUUCUGUAAUCGCUCCUAAGAACUCGACUAUUACAUUGGUCCCGGAACAGAUUGGAAAAUUGCACAGUGAAUUGGAUAUGGUGAAAAUGAACGUGCGAGUGAUGUCUGCCAUAUUGAUGGAGAAUACCCCUGAGUCUGCAAACCAUGAAGACAUAGAGCUUCUGGAGAAACUCUAUAAGACGGGUCGUGAGAUGCAGGAGAGGAUCAUGGACCUGCUUGUGGUGGUGGAGAAUGAAGAUGUAAUGGUUGAGCUAAUUCAAGUGAAUGAGGAUUUGAAUAAUGCUAUCCUUGGAUAUGAGAGGUUUACUAGAAACCAGCAAAGGAUUUUAGAGCAAAAUAAGAACCAGCAAGAAGCCACCAAUACUACCAGUGAGCCUUCUGCCCCAUCUCAUGAUCUCCUUGACCUGAGUCCCAGUCCUCCGAUGCCUGAGGCUUCUCUGGGAGAACUCAACACCAUGAAUGCUCAGCUUUCAGACUUAGAUUUCAGCUCUCCAAGUCAUGAAGCCAGUCUUCAUCCACAGAUGGAUUUGCUAGCCUUGGAAAACACAGAAAUACCCCUGUUUGCCCCAAGGACCAGCCAAAACCUCACCUCAAGUCAUACAUAUGAUAAUUUUCUAGAUUCAAAUUCAACAUUACUACAGCCAGUUAGUCUACAGACCAUUGCAGCAGCAGCAUCAAACCAGAGGCUGCCAACUUUGCCUGGCAAUCACCCAGCAAUGACAAAGAAUGAUCUCCAGCCACCCAAUUACUACGAGGUAAUGGAGUUUGAUCCCUUAGCUCCUGCUGUCACUACAGAAGCUAUUUAUGAAGAAAUUGAUGCUCAUCACAAGGGCACUCAAAGUCACAGUGAUUGUUGAGGUGAACGUGGAUGAUCAGCCCACUAGCUGCAUCAGGAUGCCAACUCUCUUUAGAGGCAUGGUUAGACCCUGUCCAACUCUUGAGGCCUGGAAGACAAGACCUACCAACAUGUCAAAGACACAGUGAACAUUUCUCCUCUGCUAUAAUGAAGAUUAAAUAGAAGUGUAACAGUUCCAGGGUUAACAAUGAUGGUUCCUGACAACAGCAUGAGAUUUAUUUCAUAGUGCUGAAUUUGUUUGUAACAAAUAUUCAUUUAAAACUUCAGCGAAGAAAAAUUGCUUAGUACUUAAUUGCGGUGACUUAUGUUCACAGGCCUUCCUACAUUUAGAAAUCAUUAUACAGCUGUGAUAAGAGUAGAUGGAAAUUAUUUUGCUACAUGAUCAUUCUGAAUAAACCUAAAAUGUGAGAAACUAAAUAUAUUAUUCAGAAAGAA